AUGCUUAUAUAAAGAGAAGAAGAAGUUUGCAGAGGGUUAAUAUAAAGGAGUAAUAAACUAAAUGAAAUAUUUGCUUUAUUUGGAACACCAGAAAAUUUUCACUUUUCUAAUGAAAACGAUUUUACAAAAUUUCAUCAAGCUGUUUAAGAUUUAUCAUAAACUCUUAUUAGCGCUGCUAAGAAUGAAAUAGAAUUAGGAUCUAAAUGCAGAGAGAUAGAAAGGUUAAAUCUGGAAAAUAAGUUAUUAAGCCGCAAAAUGAGUACCCUUAAAGAAAAAUGUUAAGAAUAAUAAAAAGUUAAUGAGUUGCUUUCGUAAAGAAACAAGCAACUAUUGGAAGAGAACAACAAAUAUUUGAUUCUUUUGAAUACAGAAAAGAAAGAUAACAGAAUGAAUACUAAAAAAGUCUCAGCCCUAGAAAAGCGAGUUGAGUUUAUUUUAGAAAACGAAGUUAAUAUUACACUUAAUCCUAAUGAUAAAUUAAGGUAGAGUUUAAAUGAAUUAUUAAGAGAGAAUGAGGCUCUUAAAAGGGAUCUCGCUCAUAAAAAUUAAGAGAUUGAAAGAAAUUUAGGCAAUAUUAAAAAAUUUAAUGAGAUCAUAAAUAGGCUUAAUCAAAAGAUAGAUAGUAUGAAAAAAGACCCAUCAAAAUACUUUGAUGGUUUAAAUUCUCAACAAUAAAGUUCAUAGAAGCUAGAAGUAAAAUCAAACAAUUAACAAGGCGGAGAUUUUUCAUAUUCUUCUCAGAAUACUAAACUAAUCAAAAAUGAUGACAUUGACUUAUUCUCAAAUUUUGUAAUUCCAUAAAAUGUUGGCUUUAGGAUUGUCUCUCUAAAAUCUGACCACUAAAAUUUAAUUCACGAUCUCAUUGAGAUUGGCAGUACUAACUUCACCAAAUAAAUAAUGUCAACAAAUAACCAAGUACAGUAAAGAGAUGUGUUUAACUUGGUAGCAAGCUAAUUUUUAUCAUUUAAGGAUUUAAGUGAAAAGGUUAAUCAACUUUUGAAUGAUUUGUAAAUACUUUUUUUCUAGGAAUAAUAAGAUUCAAAAGAAGUAAUAAGUAAAUUAAAUUUGUCUUUAGCUCACAUAUUUAAUGCUAAAUCAGCUCAUAUUUGGUUCAUUGAGUGCUAACAAGGAAUUUUAACUACUUACGAAAACAACAGAGAGAAAAAGUGCUUAAUUUCUAAAGGAUUAUUAAGUGAGUGUUUCUUUGGUAAAAAACCCAUAAAUAGCAAAAAUGCCAGAAAUAAACCACUUUACUAUCAAAUUUGUGAAGACAAAGAGCUUUCUGUAGUUGUUGAUACUUGCUUGAUAAUUCCGAUAGCAGAUUUAUAAGCAAAUCAAGUAAAAAUUCUAAUUGAAAUAAGCAAUUCUAAAAAUGAAAUAUUUUCUUUUGAUGAAGAAUAUUUAAGUAUCAUAUUGGGAUAGUUUUUGAAUAAAAUAGUUACUAUGUAAGAAAUAAACAAAUAUAAAGAUACCAUUAUUAGGUUUAAUCAAUAGCUAGUAGACACAAUAGACCAUUUAAUGUAUGCAGAAAAUAAGUUUGAUUUAUCUUAAAGGAUAUAAAAAUCGUUUGCAAUGUGUUUUGGGAUAACUAAUUUUAUAUUCUAUUAUGUUGAAGGCGAUAAUUUAGUUAAAUACGAAGGUUCUAAUUAAAAAUCAUAAUACUCUUUAAAGUAUGGAUUAGUUGGGUAAGCAGCUUUGGAUUAAAAACCCUACAUAAUUAGUGAUGCAAAACUCUCAUCUUAUUAUAAUAAAUUAGUAGAUUUAUAGUCUAUUCUCCCUAUAUUUGCAAUACCUUUAUUAGAUAAAGAAAAUAUCAGAAGCUCCCCAGAAGAAAAUCCUAUAUCUGCUUGUUUAGGAGUAAUAUAAAUUGCUCUUAAAUAAAAAUAUAAGUCUACAUAAAAAGAUAUGCUUAUUGAUGCCUCAGAUGGUUAUUUUGGAUUAGAAGAAACUAUGUCUAUAAAAAUACAACAAUUUUGCUAAUUGCUUGUUCAUUCAAUAAAAUAAAUUAACAAAAAGUAUUCUUGUUGA